AUGGAGGCCUCAGUAAUAUUACCCAUUCUGAAGAAAAAACUGGCCUUCCUUUCAGGAGGAAAGGACAGACGAAGUGGCCUCAUUCUGACAAUUCCAUUAUGCUUGGAACAGACAAAUAUGGAUGAGCUGAGUGUCACCUUAGACUAUCUACUCAGCAUUCCAAGUGAAAAGUGUAAGGCUAGAGGAUUUACCGUGAUUGUGGAUGGCAGAAAAUCACAGUGGAAUGUGGUGAAAACGGUAGUCUUAAUGCUACAGAAUGUUGUUCCAGCUGAGGUGUCCCUUGUUUGUGUGGUAAAGCCAGAUGAAUUCUGGGAUAAGAAAGUAACACAUUUUUGCUUUUGGAAAGAAAAGGAUAGACUUGGCUUUGAGGUUAUUUUAGUGUCUGCUAAUAAGUUGACUCGUUAUAUAGAACCAUGUCAGUUAACGGAAGAUUUUGGUGGAAGUCUCACUUACGAUCACAUGGACUGGUUAAAUAAGAGGCUGGUUUUUGAGAAGUUUACAAAGGAAUCUACAUCAUUAUUAGAUGAACUUGCUUUGAUUAACAAUGGAAGUGAUAAAGGAAAUCAAGAGAAAGAAAGGUCUGUGGAUUUAAAUUUCCUUCCAUCAGUUGAUCCUGAAACAGUUCUUCAGACAGGGCAUGAAUUGUUAUCCGAACUGCAGCAGCGUCGGUUUAAUGGCUCAGAUGGAGGAGUGUCAUGGUCUCCUAUGGAUGAUGAACUGCUUGCACAGCCACAGGUUAUGAAGUUAUUAGAUUCCCUGAGAGAGCAAUAUACCCGCUACCAGGAAGUUUGUAGACAACGUAGUAAGCGUACACAAUUGGAAGAGAUUCAACAGAAGGUGAUGCAGGUUGUGAACUGGCUUGAGGGACCAGGAUCAGAACAACUUAGAGCCCAAUGGGGUAUUGGAGAUUCCAUUCGGGCUUCGCAGGCCCUACAACAGAAGCACGAAGAGAUUGAGAGCCAGCACAGUGAAUGGUUCGCAGUGUAUGUGGAGCUUAAUCAGCAAAUUGCAGCACUCUUAAAUGCUGGGGAUGAGGAAGAUCUUGUGGAGCUGAAGUCUCUGCAGCAACAACUUAGUGAUGUUUGCUAUCGACAGGCCAGUCAACUGGAAUUUAGGCAAAAUCUCUUACAAGCAGCCCUUGAAUUUCAUGGGGUUGCCCAAGAUUUGUCUCAGCAGUUGGAUGGCUUAUUAGGGAUGUUGUGCGUAGAUGUAGCACCAGCUGAUGGAGCAUCGAUUCAGCAAACUUUAAAACUGCUUGAAGAGAAGCUGAAAAGUGUUGAUGUAGGAUUGCAAGGUUUGCGUGAAAAAGGUCAAGGUCUUCUGGAUCAGAUCUCCAAUCAGGCAUCCUGGGCAUAUGGAAAGGAUGUAACUAUUGAAAAUAAAGAAAAUGUGGACCACAUACAAGGAGUGAUGGAAGAUAUGCAACUUAGGAAACAAAGAUGUGAAGACAUGGUAGAUGUGCGAAGGUUAAAGAUGCUUCAAAUGGUGCAGUUGUUUAAAUGUGAAGAAGAUGCUGCCCAGGCAGUAGAAUGGCUAAGUGAACUUCUGGAUGCUCUGCUUAAGACCCACAUCAGAUUGGGCGAUGAUGCCCAAGAAACGAAAGUUUUACUGGAAAAGCAUAGAAAAUUUGUUGAUGUCGCACAGAGCACUUAUGACUAUGGAAGACAGUUGCUGCAGGCCACCGUUGUGUUGUGCCAGUCUUUGCGCUGCACUUCUCGGUCAUCUGGGGAUACACUUCCUCGGCUGAACAGAGUGUGGAAACAAUUUACGAUAGCAUCUGAGGAGAGAGUACAUAGGCUGGAAAUGGCUAUUGCAUUUCACUCAAAUACUGAAAAGAUUUUGCAAGACUGUCCGGAAGAGCCUGAAGCUAUUAAUGAUGAGGAGCAAUUUGAUGAAAUUGAAGCAGUUGGGAAAUCACUUUUGGAUAGAUUAACUGUUCCUGUAGUUUAUCCUGAUGGAACUGAACAAUAUUUUGGGAGUCCAAGUGACAUGGCUUCUACUGCAGAACACAUCAGAGACAGGAUGAAACUAGUUAGUCUCAAAAGACAGCAGCUGAGACAUCCUGAAAUGAUGACUACAGAGAGCUAA